AUGGAAUCCACAACGGCGGCCGUCCGUAGCGCGUCGCACGCGCGGGCCCGGUCCGCGCUCGUCUACGGGGGCGCGCGCGGGGCGCGGCGCGUCGUGGGCGCUGUCCCCGCCGCCGCGCGCGCCCGGCGGAGGGCGCCCGUCGUCGUCGCCGUAGCCUCCCACCACCAGGAGCACCUCGAGCCGCUCCCGUCGCGGGCGCAGGAGGGCGGCGCCGUGGCGGUGGCGACCACCCAGGCUGACGAGGCGGAGGUCCAUGCGAACGACGCUGCGGCGGCGGCUGCUGAAACCUCGUCUCCUCAACUGGGUAAGACAGUGCGCGUCCGAUUUGUGCUGCAAAAGCAGUGCACGUUCGGGCAGAGCGUCUGCCUCGUCGGCGACGACCCUGCGCUCGGCCUCUGGGAUCCGUUGAAUGCGUUUGCUUUGGAGUGGGCGGAGGAAAGCCACGACUGGAUCUUAGAGAAAGAUUUACCGGCCAACAAGCCGAUUGAGUUCAAGUUCUUGCUCCAAGAUUCCACAGGGAAGUUGCAUUGGCAGGAUGGGCUGAACAGAAGCUUUCAGACAGGUGAAACCGCAAACACAUUGGUUGUCUUUGAAGAUUGGGAUGAUGUGAGGAAUCAGAAAAUAGCAGAAGAGGAGGGAGUGGUGUCUACUGGGAUGGAGCAAACUGUUGUUUCAAAUGACAGCAAAAGCAGAAAGGAUACUGUUUUAGAAGAGGAGCUUGUCUUUGAAGAUUGGGAUGAUGUGAGGAAUCAGAAAAUAGCAGAAGAGGAGGGAGUGGUGUCUACUGGGAUAGAGCAAACUGUUGUUUCAAAUGACAGCAAAAGCAGAAAGGAUACUGUUUUAGAAGAGGAGCUCCAAGUGGAUGAUAAUCAAGUCAAAGAGGAUGAAUCCGUUGUUGCCAAGGAGGACAAGAAGCCAGCAGUUGCCACAGAUGCUUCUGUUCAAGUAGAUUGGGUGAAGACAAACGAAGCUAACCCUCAAAAGUCAAUGCUGCAUGAGGAAAUGGAGGUUCUAGACGAACUUCUUGGAAAAGAAAACAUGGAGAACAGCAGUAUUUCGAGUACUGACGAGAAUUAUGCUGAAAAAACUGGAGGAGAUAAUAUCUUGUCUGAGGAUGGUGUUCCGGUUGAGAAUGGGUUGGCCACUGCUUAUGAACAUGAUUUGCUUUGGGGUUGGAAGGCCCUGCAGUGGCUGCUGAUGAGCCUGGGCUUCAAAAUGGAUACAACAUGA